GGUGUAUCAGGCUGAGCUCAAACCCCUUGAGUCCCUCUUUAGAUCCCUCUGAGGCUUCCGCCAUGGCGGCACUAGGACUGUCAUGACGGAAACCAAAAUCUGAUUAAAGAUAGAACUUAAAACGAAUUCCACAUUGAUGUAACAUUGACAGAUCGUGUUCCCACUGCCUCAGGCAAUAACUGACUACAUUGGAUUUCAACGCUGCAUAGACUGGGUUCAUGCAUUUCCUCUGAGACCCCUGGGAACAGCUUGUCAGCUUCAAUUAUUUUUGUAAGAUCUACAAUUCUGCAAGGAAAAUGGAAGGACAGAGUUUGUGACUCACAGCAUUUGCACGAAGCUUUUGAGGGAGCAGAAGGUAGUCAACAACUCAUGAUGAAAGCAGUAGCCCUUCAAGUUUUCAGAUCCUUCGCCCUGAACAGAACCAGGCUCAGAAAUUCUGCGGCCCUUAUCAAGCAUUGGGAUUGCGUUGGCAAUCUCAAAUCAGCGUCAACAAGCGGCUGAGGAGCAGAUAGCAACUUGACCACCAAACAAUAUUACCACCUUUUGGAGCAAGUGGGACGGGGUUGCCAGUGGGAACAAGCCCCUGGUGUAAUUGCCCCUACUGCUUCCCCCUCUACUGCAGCUUCCCCCUCACUUUUAGAAGAAAAGGAUCUGCAUCCCAAAGUAUGGGGCUCCUCCAAAGUUUAUACCGUGCCCCUGGAGGGGAAAGCGAGUAUCGCCGGAUCUUGCUCGUGACACUAGCGCUGAUCUAUUCCAUCACGGCUUCAGGAAUUGUAUUCGGUUACUCUGGCCUCUACGACGUCCUUCUCUUUGAUGUUAAUGCGUUUGGCGAGUUCUGCGAGGAUGGAGAGAAGCAGUGCACCGCACAGCUGGACCGCCUGUCUCGCAUGUACACCCUGGGAGCUACCACAAUAUCGGGUUGUGCCUUUCUCGUGGGUCUGUUUCUCGACUUUGCCGGGCCCCGAAUCACAGUUUGCCUGGGCUCACUUCUCUUAGCGGGGGGCCUACUGGCGGUCGCUUACGCCCAGGAGAUCUCCAGCUCUUUCUACUACCUCGGUUUCUUUCUGCUCGCGGUCGGGGGGCCCUGCAUCUUCAACAGCACCUUCAGCUUCGGGGAGCUGUUUCCCGACCACUCGGCCGCAAUCAUUGGGGCGCUGUCGACAGGAGGUAACUCGUCGACGGUCGUUUUCUGCAUCUUCGCUGCGAUGAUUCACUCCUGGGGCAUCUCGUUCAAGUCGGUCUUCCUGGCCUACACCGCCCUCCCCGUCUUCAUCUUCGUCUCCAGCCUUCUUCUCUUCCCCGACCGCCCGUUCGAGACGGGCAACAAGGACGACGCCCGCUUCAAAGGGGAGCUCCACCGCGUCUGGACGAUCUCCAUGACCCAGGGCAAGUACCCUGCCGACGUCGAGAAUAAGGACAUCCGGAUCCUGCCGACGGACUAUCCGAACUUGGCGCUCGACGAGCCAGGGCUCGAAGCGCCGCUCCUAGUUACACCCGGGAUGUCGGUCGGCUCCCCCCUGGAAAUGUCAUACCACCUCCUACCGGGCCUCGUUCCGCCGGAGUCCGACGGAACGGCGCUUUCCGUCGGCACACGACGGAUGUCCGCUGGUCCUGGUUUGGGGUUCAUUGGUGGCCGCCGGAAUUCCGCCGGAACGGAUUUGAUCACCGGGCGCAAGCGGCUGUUCCGGAGGCGGUCGCUGCUGUUCGACGACGGCCCACCCGACAUCUACAACAGCGCGUUUGGCACGCAGAUCUGGUCGAGCGCGUUUUGGAGCAUGGCCCUCGUGACGGCGUUCUUCGUCCUGCGGGUCAACUUUUACAUUGAGACGCUGUUCGAGCAGCUGCUCUUCACGGCGAGCCUGCAAUUCCCGGGGGAUCCCCUGGCGGCCAGGGAGGCCGCCAGCUAUUACGCCAAGCUGUUCAACUACUUGCUGCCCCCCGGGGGUCUGGCUAUGAUCCCGGUGGUGGGCUUCGUGUUGGUGGAGUGGGGCUUCGCGCCCAGCUUCCUUAUCCUCGCCAUUCUGCAUAUGCUCUUCUGCAUUGUGGACGCGUACGAGUCGCCCCCGCUGCAACUACAGGUGCUCGCAUUUGUGUUGUACGCUGUGUUCCGGCCCUUUCUCUUUGGGAGCAUGGCCGCAUAUAUAGGCCGGCUGUUCGGAUUCAAGAACUUCGGCAAGCUAUACGGGUUGAUGAGGGUCGUGGGCUCAGUAGCCGUGUCCCUCGAAUAUCCCCUCCAGUUGAUGACGGUCCAUUUCUUCAACGGCCAAUACGUGUACAUAAUAUGGGUUUCUUAUGCACAGGCGUUCUGAUGUUCUUGUAUCCGGUCUUUCUAUGGAAGAAGAUCUUCUAUGGAAACUUCUUCCGGCCUCCUCUUGUAAAGCUGCAAACGUUGGAAUAGUGCAUAAUGGUGUAGUAUAGGUUGAAUACUGGUGCUGGAUUCCCAAGGAACAAGGGUAGAGGGGUAGUGGAUAUAUUGGUGUAGGUAGGCCAGAGGGAUCAGCGGCCGAUGGCUCAUCCUUAGAUAAGGUAACUCUUCAUAAUAUUAUUUGUGAUUAAGUAGUUCAAGACAAGCUUUAGGGCCUCGAGAAAUAGAUGCUUGCAUCCUCGAUUGUCCACAGGGACCAGUAAUGUCAAGGAAUCCCACCUCAGAUUCAGAGGGGACAACCACCUAGCUAAAAGGGCUCCCGAGCAAAAAUCCAAGUGGAGUUUGGAUGCAUAUCUCAGGUGCCCAAAAGCCUAAAUCAAUUUCUUAUGACCCCAAUAUGAUCUCAGGAGUUUUCCGCCAACUUUCUUGGACAUUGCAUACAGCAAACAAGGGCUUGAAGUUUAGCAGAAUGGCUGGGAAAAGUGACAGGUGUCAAAUUUCUUGCAAUCAAAAUUUCAUAUUAGGGGCUCCACUGCUUAUGACCGGCCGAAUUUUGGAUUCAGGUAGGGGA